AGAUCAUCACAGUGGGGGAUUGGUGGAAUCCAUCUGUCAAUCAAGCUGAGUGUCCGACCAGGGUGCUGUGGGCGGGAUCGGACCCCAGAGCUGACGGAUGUGCUCAGGGAUACUAGACACAUGUACUGACCCGCUCUCAUCUCCUCUGACGCUGCUCUGACCCUUCCCUCCCCUGCAUCUCUUCCUUCGCGGGUCUCCUCUGCCCACUCCACUCCUCUGCUCUCUUGCCUGCGGUCGUGCGUGCGUCCUUUGGGGGAACAAUGUGUUGUUCCGUGGGCUUCGCCCGGUCUCUGGGUCUGGCCCUGCUGCCUCUGGCCCUCUCCUGUAUCCUUGCCAACCUGCUGCUGCUGUUUCCUAUGGGAGAAAUCUCCUACAUCCAACAGAACCGCCUGGCCAGCUACAUCUGGUACUUUGGUGGACUAGGAGGCGGAGGAAUCCUGAUGUUGCUUCCAGCUGUUGUCUUCAUCACUCUGGGGAAAUGUAGCUGCUGCUGGAAUGAGAGUUUGAUGAUGUGCGGCUCCGUGCUGGCAGCUGUCGUCGGCCUCGUGGGCUCCGGCUACUGUUUCGUCAUAUCGGGGUUGGCCUUGGUGCAGGGUCCGCAGUGCUUCACCACGCUCGGAUGGUCGUACCCGUUUGUAGACCAGGGGGGCAGGUAUCUGCUGCAGCCAGAGACGUGGUCGCGGUGUCUCCAGCCCGCUUAUAUCGUGGAGUGGAACGUGACCCUGCUGUGUGUCUUGCUGGGUUUGGCCGCGCUGGAGUUCAUCAUCUGUCUCCUUCAGCUCGGCAGCGGUUUAGUCAACGCCGUCUGCCGGCCCUGCUGCUAUAAGCAGGAGUACAGUCUGAAUAUGUAGACAAACACACACACACACACACACUCCCACCUGCGCAGACGUACUGUUUGUGCAUCUGUACACUUAAAAAAAGCCUCAUCGCCUAUAGCAACAUUUGUGUGUCCGAGUAGAACACAACACACUGGUGAGACACAUUUACACACGCUCUGUCAUGGAUGUCUGACAACCACUUCAGCUGUGUGUGACCAUUUUCAAGUCUGCCCCGGGUAAAGUGGCAAAAUCAGUUUGCAGUCAUUGAUGUUUGUGUGAGUGUGAGUGUGUGUGUGUGUGUGUGUGUGUGUGCGUGCGUGCGUGCCUGCCUGCCUGUGUGCGUGCCUGUGUGCGUGCGUGUGUGUGUGUGUCCACUCCACAGGAAAAGCAGGAUGGACUUCAUUUGCUCGGGUGGUGAAAGUCAAUUUAAAAAGCCCAUAUGCAAAUGAUAAAAAAACAAUAAUGAUGAUUACAGUAACAAUAGAAAUAAUAUUGUAAUGUGCAGGACAAUAGUUUGCAUGGAGGUAAUUACUUUAUGUCACGCAACAGCCUGUUAGACAUAGAACAUCUUGAUAAAAUGACCACGCCUCACAAAUGAAUGUAACUACAUAAGUUUCCUAAGAUGCACUGUUGCAACAGUCCAACUUUUAAACAUGUUGGACUGUUUAUGGGUUCACCAUGUGUGUGUUUGUGUGUGUGUGUGUGUUUGUGUGUGUGUGUGUGUGUGUGUGUGUGUGUGUGCAUUCGUUCUCAGUUUCACAGUAUUUUGUUGUAAAUUGUCUUUAUUUCCUUCAGAUCCUAGUUUAGUGUUAACAGACUUUUUAUAUAUUAUUUAGUGACAUAUUUUUAUAAUGUGUGUUUCUUUGU